CCACAUCUAACCCUAUACCUACCUUCCAUCUCAGUCAAUCCCCCCGGCCCCAAAUUCCACAGGCAAUUAACGAUACGGCCGAAAUGCCCUCAACAACCACCCCACACCCCGCGCAACGCGCCGUCGAACCCCACCCGACCCCGCCCCUCGACCCAAGCACGCACCAACCCUCCUACGCCCCGGACCCGGCCGCCUCCCUGCCCCUGACCCCACCCCGCCAGGCCAUCCAACGCCACAUCCUGAAUCUGUACAGCGGCAGCGCCGCCGCCGCCGACAUGCAGGUCUACGCUGAGCAAGCCGUCUACGACGACCCGCUCAGCUACUGCGACACGCGCCACAAGAUCGCGGGCCAGUGGUACGGGAUCCCGCGGCUGUUCGCGCGGUCGGAGACGCUGGCCACCGAGGUGGUGGCCUCGUCCGACGACGAGCUGGUGUGGAAGCAGCGCCAGCGGUACACGGUGGCCGGGGUGCAUGCGUCCAAGGUGGUGGACAGUCUGGUGAGUCUGCGGCUGGAGCCGUCCGCCGGCGGUGGUGGUGGUGGCGAGAAGGUGGUGUAUCAUAAGGAUAUGUGGAAUGAGAAGGAUUAUGACCAUGCGGGGUUUGGGGCGUGGGUGAAGAAGUUGAAUGGGGAUAAGUUGACGCAUGUUACGAAGCCGCCGGAGGAGAUUUAGGGGGUGGAUUCGGUACUGGAGGGGGAGGUUGGAGGGAGGUGAGUAGGGCUUUUGGGAGGGGGUUUCUGAUGUAGAUACGUGUUUGGGGGUCUUUGUGUUAGGACGGUGCAGCUGCAGGGUACAGUACACAGUAGAGCUGUGGGGGGCUUUUCUGGUUGCGGAGGAGAUCGUGAAGAUGACUUUGUUUGUAGGAUAUUUUGGUCGAUUUAGACCUAAUGUACAGUACAGCGAUCUAUUGUUGCUG